AUGCAAAAUGGUGCAGCCGCGCCGGCCGAACUCGAUGUCGUUUUAGGCAUUUAUCCAUAUGAUUUGCAGAAAUUCUACUACCAAGGCAUACUGCAGCCCUCACGCUUGGGCAGCUGUGUGGUAGUGACGAUAAUGUGCAUUACUUUCAUGCUCUUCAACUUAUCGUUAUUUAACUUCAGCGAUGAAGACGUCAUAACAAAGAAUAAUCACCUCAGUAUCAUCGUGACCAUAGUGUUCACGUACAUUACGCCCGCCACCAUGUUCACCGACCAGAUAAUGGCUUUACGCAACCAACGGCGGCUACCGGAACUCUUUGAGCGUAUUGACUGUGUGGACGAGGAUCUACGCCAGCUGGGCAUUACGGUGGAUAAUCGACGCGUGCAGCGUGGCAUUUGGCUGAUGAUCACAUUCACUUUUUUCUGCGAAUUUUUCAUAUUUUUCUCUUCAAUAUGGUUUCUGGUCGACGAAUUGAGAUGGACCACAGUGCUAUGGAUCUUUAUUUCGCUGCCCACUUUCUAUAACACGCUGGAUAAAAUUUGGUUUCUAGGCAUUCUGUUGGGGUUGCGCGAUCGUUUCGAUGCGAUUAAUGCAGAGCUAGAAAGAAUAGCAGAAGAACUGGAACGGCGACAAAACCAGCAGUUGAAAGGUGAACCCUACCAGGAGCACGACUUGGUGUUGCAGACAUCGCUGCCGCUGCGCACAGAACAGAUCGAUAUCAAGUUGGAGCGUUUGGUGCGCAAUGCUUUCGGCGAAUCGCUACUCGAACCCGUACCAAUCAGAAACUACAUGCUUAACAUAAGCCAUGAAAGCUCGCUUUACACAUUCAAAGCGCUGCAGGAGCGUUUCAUAAGCUUAUGUCAGUUGCACGAUAGCACUUGUAGGAUUGCCAAGUUACUCAACGAACUCUGGUCUUAUCCAAUAUUGAUACUGAUGGCUUUCGGUUUUGUCGUCUUUACAUCGCAACUUUACUUUGUUUAUUGCGCUACACAACCGGACCGCACCAUUCCACUCAUUUUUCGCUGCGCCAAAGAGCCCUCCAUCUCGACCGUCUUUCUCACCUACAUCGGCGGCAAAUGCGUGUCGUUGAUGCUCUACAGCUGGAAGACGUCGCAGGCCGCGCGUCGUGCCGGCAUUUGCCUGCAUAAGUGUGGCGUUGCCGCCGACACCAAUGAGGUUUAUGAAAUUGUUAAUCAUUUGUCAUUGAAACUCUUGAAUCACGCCAUAAAUUUUUCGGCGUGCGGUUUCUUUACGCUGGACAUGGGUACUUUAUAUGCGGUUUGUGGCGCAAUAACCAGCUAUCUGAUCAUACUCAUACAAUUCGAUAUGGCCGCGCAACAAGUGCGCAUUUCUAAGGAAUUGGCCGCUGCGAAUGAGACCACCGCCGUUGCGUUGGUUACUGAAAAUUACACCAUCGGCAUGAUGGAAUCGACAACGCCAUGUGAUUAG